AUGGAUGCACUAAGCUAUCGAAUAUCAAUUGGAUCCAAGUCAUUCUACGGAUGCACUCAACUCGUAAAUAUUUCUUUCGUGAAAGGAUGUUCGUUGUCUUCAAUCGGAACGGAUGCAUUCUAUGGUUGUACUUCAUUGACAAACUACACAAUACCUGAUUCAUUCGUCAACAUAACUUAUUUGCUAUUUGGAUCUGCACCUUCAAUUAAAACAGUUAAUAUUCCGUCAAACAUGAGUAUUGUUUGCAUUGGAUCGAAAGCAUUUGACACAUUCCCUCUCGAAUUCUUCAAUAUCGGAACUGGUACUACGAUAUCGUACAUAGAUGAUUACGCAUUUGCAAACAAGAAAAUACAUUCUUUCAUUCUCGAAUGCGAUGUUUGCGUAUCAUCAUAUGCAUUCACAAAUUGCACAAAUCUUGAGACGAUUAACAUAACAAAAAUGAAGUCUAAUGAAACAUUCUCGAAAGCAUCAGUAUCAUCAGUGUUAUCGGCAAGAAAGGUUCUAUCAUCGAAUGAAGAUGUUUAUUACACACUUCCAGAAGGUAUUUUUGAUGGAUGUACAUCUCUGAAGGUUACAAACAUAAAUAUGAAUAUAUACAAUAUAUCAUCAUAUGCAUUCAGGAAUUGUGUUGCACUAUCAUUCUCGAUUCCUUCUUCUGUAACUUAUAUUGGAGACUACUCAUUCGAUAAUUGCAAGUUAGUGAAUAACAUCCCAAAGAUGGUUACAUUCUUCGGAAACUAUUCAUUCAGAGGAUCAGGAAUUGGAAGAACGAUGAAACUGAACACCAACACAACAUUCAUCGGAUUUUCUUCAUUCUUCAACACAUCGCUUAUAGUUGUUUAUUACUGCGGAGACAAAGAUUUCUCAUCUUUCUCGAAUUCUUUCGACACUUCUACAUCAGUUGUAGUCACAUUCGAUUAUCCAUCUAGUACAUUCUGUGGUGCAAACGCAUAUCACAUGCAAUCGAACACAUGCAGUGACAUCAUGCAGACAAACAAUGAUGUUGCCGGAAUUAUUAAGAAACAGAUGAAGAACAAUCUUCAAGCAGAAGCAUCUCUCCUCAUCUCAUCUCCUUAUUUACUUGGCCUAUGGUAG